CGCCAUUUGUUCAAUCAUUUCGACUAAAUUUCGUCGUUGUUAUUUGUGAACAUCCUAAUUGUAAAUUUGUACUGAACAAUAUUCUAGUUUUAUUUCUUAUAUUUUAUCUCUAUGGAAAGUAUAUAUAUAAUAGUAUUGUAGCAAAAAAACAAAAAAUUUGAAAGUAGAGCGUACCGUAUCGAAUAAAAUCUAAAACAUGAUGGAUACCUAUACACUUCGAGAUUACGACAUAGGUGAUAAAAUAAGAUAUUCUUUGCCAGCUUACAUACAAAGGUAUGAAGCAGUGAUCGAAGUACCUUGCAGUGAUAAAUACGGUGGCAAGAUACAAAAGAUUAUUGAUUUUGGCUGUGGAAAUCUUGGUUUUUUGGAUUCCCUGAAACGUAUCUCCGAUGUAAAAAGAAAUAUUGUGCGUAGAUAUUGAUAGAUGUAUUCUCGAAAAUAACAAGCUCAAAGCCAAGCCGUUUGUUCAUGAUUUUGUACAUUUAAGAAAAGGCCCACUACAGAUACAUGUUUACGAAGGAAGCGUUUCUAGCAAUGACAAAAAAUUGCAAAAAGCCGAUGUAGUGAUAUGUAUGGAAAUGAUUGAACACUUAGAUUCGAAUGCAUUAAAGGAUUUUCCAUUUAACAUCUUUGGUUAUAUCAAACCAAAAUUAGAAAUUGUAACAAUGCCAAAUGCAGAAUGUAAUGAAUUAUUUCCUCAUUUCUCCGGAUUCCGGCAUCCAGAAAGAAAGGUUGAAUGGUCUAGAGAACAAUUUCAGGCCUGGGUGGAGAAAAUAAUUAUAAGUUUUCCUGAUUAUCAUGUAUCGUUCCGUGGCAUUUGUAAUGGACCAGGAGGUACGGAACGUAUAGGUGCUCGCACGCAAAUGACUGUUUUUCAUCGCAAUAACGACGAGAACUGUUCAGAAUCAUUAGGAAUUGAUAAUAUAUAUAAAUUCGUAACUUCGAAUAAUUUUCCAUUUAUAAUUGACAAACGUUCGGACACAGAAAAGAUUUUGGACGAAGUUUUCUACCAUCUUGAAGAAUCACAAAAUUUAGAUAAUAUUCGAGGGGAAAUGUCGCUUGAAUCUUUAGUAUCGAACUUGAGAAAAUUUAAUAUUACAAUGGAAUCACUGAAAACAAUUCUGGACGAAGCAGGAUUAACCAUAAUUGAUUACGAAGAUGGUCCUGCUACAUGUAUUCCAGUGCAAACACGUACUGUACGUGAAAGGCAUAAAGAUUAUGAAAUAUGUUUGGGUUACGAUGGAUAUAUAGUGGAUGAAAUUAAGUGAGAUUCUGAUGACUGUGACGAAGAAGAUUGUUAUACCUGAGAGAAAUUCUUCCCCAGAAAGUGACAUUACUUAUCUGUUUGGUAGUGAAAAUAAUUCACCGAGUGAUAAUAAUCUUUCUGACAGGAUAAACAUCCCUGAAUCUGUUGCUGAUCCAAUUAAUUCCGUUUUAUAAUAUAAUUAAGUCUCGUCAUGAUUAAUGGGAUUAAUUUUUAUAUGUUAUCAGAAG